UCCGGGUUCAACCCGCACCUCCCUGGCUUCAAGCACAAGUUCCUCGCGACCACGCUCGGUGCGACCAUGUGGUUCUUCAUCUUCUACCGCGCCAGGUGCGACGGUGCGAAGCUUUUGGGCUGGAAGCAUCCAUGGGAUGGACAUGACGACCACCACGGCCAUGAGGCGGGUCACUCGGAACACCAUUGA